GUACUAUGUAUAGAAGGGAGAAGCCGUAUGAGAUGAAAACCUCAUGUACGGUUUUGGAACGGAGAUUUUUUGAAUAGAAUGAACGACCGUAACGGAUGUUGGCUCAAUCCAAAGGAAAUUAUGUGGAAGCUUUGCAGAAUUAUUAUGAAGCUACGCGACUAGAAAUUGAUCCCUAUGAUCGAAGUUAUAUACUAUAUAACAUAGGCCUUAUACACACAAGCAAUGGAGAGCAUACAAAGGCUUUGGAAUAUUAUUUCCGGGCGCUAGAACGAAACCCCUUCUUACCGCAAGCUUUUAAUAAUAUGGCCGUGAUCUGUCAUUACGUGCGACUAUCUCCACUAAGAAAACACCGAGAACAGGCCAUUCUACAGGGCGAUUCGGAAAUUGCGGAAGCUUGGUUUGAUCAAGCUGCUGAGUAUUGGAAACAAGCUAUAGCGCUUACUCCAGGAAAUUAUAUUGAAGCACAGAACUGGUUAAAGAUUACGAAGCGCUUUGAAUUUGAAUAAGACCACUCUCCAUUUUCAUAAAAAGGGUGGUUUUGUUGAAAAUCAAA